AUGAUACCCAAUUUUAAUGGCGAGCCUGAAGCGUUAGCAAAGGUUCAUUGCAAGUAUCAAUUCGAAAAUUCAGGGACCGGCGGCGGAAAUGUCUUCAACUCAGGCGCAAGUAGUUGGCCUGAAAUAAAAAAUGCAUUGUUAACCAGUUACUCAGACAAAAGAGACAUUUACACCCUAGUCCUUGAACUUUCGGAAUUAAAACAAACUAACGAGAGUCCGUUUCAAUUUCUUGAAAAGAUUCAAAAACUUUUAAAUUUACAAAUUAGUUAUCUCAAUAAUGUAAUGCCGGACGAUGCUGACACUCUGGGUGAGUUCUGUAGGAAAUUAGGUUUAAGGAUUUUAUUAAAGGGAUUAAGAGAGCCCAUGAGUUCUCUUUUGCAAGCUAGAAACCCCUCAGAUCUUAACGAAGCGCUCAAUAUGCUUACUAAUGAUUUUCAGCACCAAUCCACUCAAGUAUCCAAAAGUUUUGGACAGGUAAGGAACACAAAAGCGUAUACACCUAGACCGUUCAGAUAUCCACAACAUCCACCAUUUUCGUCACCACAAAAACAUUACCCACGACAAAAUUUUGUAUUCCCUAACGAAAGGAACUACCAACAAGGAAACCCAACACCGAUGAGUAUUUCCACAACACACUCGCGGUCCACACCACAAAUUUCAAAAAACUCACACCUGCACCAAAUAACAACAAAUGAGGAUCAAAAUAGAUCCCCUAAAUCAAAGUCAAGUCUACAAAAUUAUUACGCGCAAAAUUUAAAGACAACCCUCGAAAAUCAGUCAAACACACGGCAUUUUUUAGGAGUAAAUCCCGAAGGGAAAGGAUUAAUGAAUCUGUCCGAUUCGAACAAUCGGCUACCGCAUUUCAUAGAUCCAAUGACGAAAUCAAAAAUUUUAAUAGAUACGGGUAGCACCAGAUCGUUCAUCAAUCCUAAAUUUGCUAAAGAUAAUUUUAAUACUCCCUUAAUAAAAAACCAAUUCGAAGUAAAAACAGUUCAUGGAAUUAGUAAAGGGAGCCACAGCAUUAAACUUAAUACCGAUACUUUUAAAGGAAAAUUCUUGACAUUAGAAUUAUUCUUAUUCAACUUCCACAAUAAAUUCGACAUGCUAUUCGGGCUAGAUAGUAUGAAAAUAUUAAAUAUUUAAUUAGAUUUUAAUAAGAACGUAAUAACAGUAGCAAA